CCCUCACCCCCGCCGCCAUCCGCCGCCUGCUCCGCGACUCCCCGCACCUCGUCGCCAAGUACGAGGAGUUCAUGCUUCGCCGCUGCCUCGCCGCCGACCCCGACUGCCGCUGGUGCCCGGCCCCCGACUGCGGUUAUGCAGUUAUCGCCUAUGGUUGUGCCAGCUGCCCCAAGCUGACCUGCGAGAGGGACGGUUGCCAGACAGAGUUCUGCUAUCACUGCAAACAGAUAUGGCAUCCCAACCAAACCUGCGAUAUGGCCCGCCAGCAAAGGGCACAGACACUCCGAGUACGGACCAAGCACACAUCAGGCCUCAGUUACGGACAGGAAUCUGGGCCGGAUGACAUCAAACCAUGUCCGCGUUGCAGUGCUUAUAUCAUCAAGAUGAACGAUGGGAGCUGUAACCACAUGACCUGUGCAGUGUGUGGCUGUGAGUUCUGCUGGCUGUGUAUGAAGGAGAUCUCCGAUCUGCAUUACCUCAGCCCCUCUGGCUGUACGUUCUGGGGCAAAAAGCCAUGGAGCCGUAAAAAGAAGAUUCUCUGGCAGCUGGGCACACUGAUUGGGGCUCCUGUAGGCGUCAUUGGCAUCCCUGUGUAUGUCGGGAGAAAGAUCCACAGUAGGUACGAGGGAAAGAAAACGUCUAAGCACAAGAGGAACUUGGCCAUUACCGGUGGGGUCACCUUGUCUGUCAUUGCCUCCCCAGUCAUUGCUGCUGUCAGCGUUGGUAUUGGAGUCCCCAUCAUGCUGGCUUACGUCUAUGGUGUUGUGCCGAUCUCCCUCUGUCGAGGCGGUGGCUGCGGAGUUAGCACGGCCAAUGGAAAGGGUGUGAAAAUAGAGUUUGAUGAAGAUGAUGGACCAAUCACAGUGGCUGAUGCCUGGCGAGCCCUGAAGAACCCCAGCAUUGGUGAAAGCAGCAUUGAGGGGCUGACCAGUGUGCUGAGCACCAGCGGGAGCCCCACCGACGGGCUCAGCGUGAUGCAGGGCAACUACAGCGAGACAGCCAGCUUCGCCGCCCUCUCGGGCGGUACCCUGAGUGGUGGUGUCCUUUCCGGAGGCAAGGGGAAGUACAGCAGGCUGGAAGUACAGGCAGAUGUCCAGAAGGAGAUUUUUCCCAAAGACUCGGUUAGCUUGGGGGCUGUCAGUGACAACGCCAGCACUCGAGCCAUGGCUGGCUCCAUCAUCAGCUCCUACAACCCCCAGGACAGGGAGUGCAAUAACAUGGAGAUCCAGGUGGACAUCGAAGCCAAACCAAGUCACUACCAGCUGGCCAGUGGCAGCAGUACAGAGGAUUCGCUGCAUGUCCAUACCCAAAUGGCAGAGAAUGAGGAAGAAGAGGAGGAAGAGGAAGAGGAUGGUGAGCAGGAGCAGACAUGCAGACACCAAAGCUGUGAGCAAAAGGACUGCAUUGCCAGCAAAACCUGGGACAUCACCCUGGCCCAGCCUGAGAGCAUACGGAGCGACCUGGAGAGCUCUGACAGUCAGUCGGACGACGUACCAGACAUUACCUCGGAUGAAUGCGACUCCCCCCACUCUCAGACUGCAGCAGCCUGCCCACAGACCCCCAAAGCUAGAGGUGCCGAGAGCCCAAGUGCCCACCUGAGCCACUGUGCCCAAGCAGAGGGGUGCAGGCUAGAGGAAAUAGUCAAACUGGAGUGCAUCGAAGCCAGAGUAUGAAGUGGCCUCCUGCUGAGAAGCACACUUGCUGUCAUUGCAUCUUUUGGGGCAGGAUUGUGUCCAUGUUGGCUUCUGUUUGCAAUUCUCCAGUUGGCUCCCCAGCCUCUCCUUGGGCAGCUGCUGUUUCGUACAUGACAAAAGAAAAAACAUCCCCCGCCCUCUUUUUGUUUUAAUUUAUUGGUUCAAGCGCUUGAUAGUGCUCUGUGAGGUAUGUAAGAGUGUAAAUAUGUACGUGUGUCUGUAUGUCUGCAAACAUCCUAAAGGACUGUUUGAAUAAAGACUCUGGUUGUCAUUCGA